AUGGAGCGAUAUCUGGAGCUGGUGCCCGACGCUGGUGCCAACGCAGCGGCCCGCGCGCUCCCUGUCGCCUCGCCGUCCCCGCGCUCCCCGUGCUUCACGCCGGGGUCGGGGUACGCGCCGCCGAGGGGCGUGCUGGACCUGUUCGAGCUGCUCGAGAGCAUGGACAGCGACGUCGAGUCCGAGGUCCGGCGCGUGCGCCGCGGCAUCCAGGAGACGCGGAUGCUCGUGCGCGCGUGCCGCGAGGACUCGGCCGCGCGCCGGCUCAAGACGAUUGAGCCUGUCCGGGGACGCCAGCAGUAG